AUGGCCCUUCCAGCAAAGACCCUCGUACAGGCUGCUGCCAACUCCGGACUCCGCGCCGUCUCUGUCCGUCACUCCAGCCAGGCACCAAAGGUCGCUCUUCUCGGAGCCGCUGGAGGAAUCGGCCAACCAUUGGGUCUCCUUCUCAAGCAAGAUCCACUCGUCGCUCAUCUCGCCCUCUACGAUGUCGUCAACACCCCCGGAGUUGCUGCCGAUCUUUCCCACAUUGAUUCCAACGCUAAAGUCACCGCUCACACCGGACCAAAGGAGUUGUACGCCGCCGUUGAGAACGCUGACGUUAUUGUCAUCCCAGCCGGAGUUCCACGUAAGCCAGGAAUGACUCGUGAUGAUCUUUUCAACACCAACGCCGGAAUCGUUCGUGAUUUGGCUGCCGUUAUCGCCAAGGCGUCGCCAAAGGCUCUCAUUGCUAUCAUCACCAACCCAGUCAACUCCACUGUCCCAAUUGCUUCGGAGGUUCUCAAGAAGGCUGGAGUCUACGAUCCAAAGCGUGUCUUCGGAGUCACCACCCUCGAUGUCGUCAGAUCUCAAGCUUUCGUCUCCGAGCUCAAGGGACACGAUGCCACCAAGACCGUCGUUCCAGUCGUCGGAGGACACGCCGGAAUCACCAUCAUCCCACUUCUCUCCCAAGUCACCCCAUCCACCAAAUUCUCUGAGGAAGAGAUCGCCAAGCUCACCCCAAGAAUCCAAGACGCCGGAACCGAAGUCGUCAACGCCAAGGCCGGAGCUGGGUCUGCUACCCUUUCUAUGGCUCUUGCUGGAGCUCGUUUCGCCAACGCUUUGGUGAGAGGAAUCAAGGGAGAGAAGAAUGUGCAGUGUGCUUACGUGGCAUCUGACGCCGUCAAGGGAGUCGAGUACUUCUCGACCCCAGUUGAAUUGGGACCAAAUGGAGUUGAGAAGAUCUUGGGAGUUGGAAAGGUUUCUGCAUUUGAGCAGAAGCUCAUCGAUGCCUCCGUUCCAGAACUUAACAAGAACAUCGCCAAGGGAGUUGCUUUCGUUAAGGGAAACUAA